AUGCAUAUAUUCACUGUGAUCCUUACUGUAAUUGCAACCAUUGCAGCAAUUGUUCAAGCUGCACCAGCUACAACGUGUUCCACUCCAAAAGUACGCCAAGAAUGGCGCAAGUUGACACAGGCUCAGCACUCUGCCUUUUUAAGCGCAAUCGACAAGCUCAAAAACCGCCCAGCCUCAUCUCCGGUUUCUAAUAGCCUGAGUGGCAUGGCCCAGUGGAACUACGAUCAAUUUGUAAAAACUCACUGGGACAGCCAGGCCAUUGGACACGGUUUGCCCGUAUUCUUGCCAUGGCAUCGGCUUUUUAUUGCAGGAUUUGAGCUGGCUUUGCAAAGUAUUGACCCUUCAGUCAACCUUCCAUUUUGGGACUGGUCUUUAGAUUCGCAGAAUCCAGGUGCAUCCGAUUUGUUUUCCUCGAAAAACUUUGGUGGAAAUGGUCAAGGCAAUGAUCAUUGUGUCAAGGAUGGUGUUACCAAAAACUGGAAAGUGACAUACCCAGAUGCUUCUCAACGCCCAAUGGCACCUUGUCUUACCCGAUGCUUCAACUUUACGACUCUGUACCCUCCAGAAGCGGUUACAUUUGUUAUUGACCAGUCUAAAACUUACGACGAGUUCCGAUCCAAUCUAGAAUCUGGUCCCCAUGGGUCCGUGCACAACCAGGUUGGAGGGACUUGUGGAGAUAUGGGUGGCAUGUACUCUACCAACGAUCCCAUUUUUUUCCUCCAUCACGCAAUGGUUGACCGAAUCUGGUCUAUAUGGCAACUCAAGUGCAAUGGUGCUCAAAUCAAUACAUUUAGCGAAGACCCCAGUGUUGUCAUGGCACCAUUUGAUCUCAGUCCCAGCGCAGUCAUGUCUACUACUGCGGGGAGCCCCCUUUGCUACAACUAUGGAUCCAGUGCUAGUGAUUUGCCUAUGCAGCUUGCGUGCCCGAAUGGAGCUUCUACAGCAUUUCCUUCGAGUACUGGCUCAGUUCCUACAGGGGGUUCUAGUUCACAAUCGAAUUCACACUCCACUGCUAGUGCAAGUCCAGCUACGCCCAGCACCAGUACUAAUGGACAACAGCCAGUUGUGUUACCAUCAACCAAGGAACCCAAAGCAGGCAUCCUGGAUCAAGAUCCUCGAGCCAAUAGCACCACAGGCUUAUCCACUGAAGGUAAAAUUGACGUGAACCUAGCAGGUAAUUGGCUAGCCAACCUUUUGUUUGAACUCGUGCCCAAUGCCAAACACAAUCUGUUGCAUGUUGAAACCGCAUCGAGUAAUACUAGCGAGUCAAGCUCAACCUUUGCUCUGUCCAGCACAUCGACUCAGUCUGCCACGUCUACUAUUGAACCUGUCCUUGACCGUCGCAGUAACUUUGAUGAGCUUCAACCACUCUCAUUUGAGAUCCUAAAGCGAUCAGCAAAUGACUCGCAAGACACUUACACGCCCAAUUCCAACAAUGGAAUCCAAGCACCCAAUGCCAACGAUUUCGAGGACAUGGAAAACCUUCGAUAUCCUCCACAUGUUCCAGACAGAUGGCUUUUAAUGAACAAUUUGGAUCUUGAAAACGCACGAGCAUUUGAGAAAUUGGUUCAAAAGAUCAUCGAUGCAUGCAACAACAAGCACGGAUACACUUCACCAGCAGCACUCAGGUUCUUCAACACUUACAAUAUUCUUGGAAGGUUUAUUAUUAGUGUACAUAUUGAGAUUGAUUCGAGCAGUGGAUGA